UGGUCUUGGGUUUUAGUUGUUUGCUUUUUCAUAAUGGCUGAAGACAACCAAAAAACCAACGCCCCUCAAGAUCAGCAGCUGGGUAAAUCAGCAACCGUCAUCAUUCCUAAAUCUUACGAGGAGUUUAUGCAAUUAUUUCAACCCAAAACAUCGGUAAAUAAGGCAUGGCCGUCAUUAGUGGGUUUGACAGCAGAAGAGGCAGAGAAGAAGAUAAAGGAAGAAAUGGCUGAAGUUUACGUUUCAGUGGUUCCUCCGAGUUACGCCAUAACUUUUGAUCUUAGAUCUAAUCGUGUUUGGUUAUUCGUUGAUUCUUCUGGUAAAGUUGUACAAACACCUGUUAUUGGUUAAGAGAGUGUGUUUGGAAUGACUUUUCAAAUGUUUAAGAAUACAAUUUUCUUAACGCUGUCCAAAGUAUUGUUCCAAAUAGUCUCUUAGUUUGAAAUGUUUGUAUAAUAUUUACCAUAUAUGUAUACCUUACGAAAAUAAUGUUAAAUGAAGUGAAGUUCCUAAAGGGUUUAAUA